AUGCCAAUGAUCCGAGACCCAGUGGACAUCUGGUAUGGAGCCUUAGACAAAAUCAGCUCGUGUUGCAAGCCAGAAAGCUGGAGGAGCAACCGAAUGCCCCUUGGAAAUACCAAAAGUAUUAGACCUGGCCGGCCUCUUCGAGUGCCCCGAGUGCCGCCCGCGCUGCAGUGCCAGAGCGGCCACCUGGUCUGCAGCAGCUGCCGGCCGAAGCUCACCUGCUGUCCCACCUGCCGGGGCCCCCGGGGGUCCAUCCGCAGCCUGGCCACGGAGAAAGUGGCCAACUCCGUCCUCUUCCCGUGCAAGCACGCCGGCUCGGGCUGCGAGAGGGCCCUGGCGCCCACGCAGAAGGCGGACCACGAGGAGCUGUGCGCGCUCCGGCGGUGCGCCUGCCCGUGCCCCGGCGCGGCCUGCCGGUGGCAAGGCUCGCUGGACGCCGUGACGCCCCACCUGAUGCGCCAGCACCAGGCCGUCACCGCCCUGCAAGGGGAGGACAUCGUCUUCCUCGCCUCGGACAUCCACCUGCCCCGGGCCGUGGACUGGGUGAUGCUGCAGUCCCGCUACGGCUGCCACUUCCUGCUGGUCCUGGAGAAGCAGGACAAGUGCGCCGGGCACCAGCGGUUCUUCGCCCUCGUGCAGCUGAUGGGGACGCCGCAGGCGGAGAAGUUUGCUUAUCGGCUGGAGUUCAGUGGCCACCGGCGGCGCAUGACUUGGGAAGACACCCCUGGGUCGAUUCAUGAGGGAAUCGCGAGAGCCAUUCUGAGCAGCGACCGUCUCAUCUUCGACACCAGGAUCGCACCUCUUUUUGCAGAGAACGGCAAUCUGGGCAUCCAUGUGACUAUUUCCCCGCGCUGA